UUUCACAAGAGAGUAAACAGAUCCGAGAGAGGCAGGAAAAAGCAAUGCAGGAACUUCUGAUGAAGCGGCGUGCUUAUGCACUUGCUGUGCCCACUAAUGACUCAGCUGUCCAUGCCCGUCUCCGCCGGCUUGGUGAGCUAAUCACACUUUUUGUGGAGAAAGGGAGAUGGAAAGGAGGGAGAGGCUGCGAAUGAUUAUGGUGAAGCUUGAAGCUGAAGGACAGUUGGAGAAGCUGUUGAAAGCUCAUGAGGAUGAGGAGGCUGCUACUUCUGUAGCGGCAGGUGAGGGUGACGGAGAAGGGCCUCAAGAGUCCCCAUUUUUUACUGAAGGGUCAAGAGAACUUUUAGAGGCUCGGGUUAAUAUCGGUAGGUAUUCUAUUGUGAAGGCUGCCUUGCGGCUUGAACGUGCAAGGAGGAGAAGGGAUGAUCCAGAUGAAGAUCUUGAUGCAGAGAUGGAUUCAGCUCUCAAGCUACUUCAGACAAGUAGCUUGGUCCUCGACUGCAGUGAAAUUGGUGAUGAUCGACCACUCUCUGGUUGUUCCUUUUCACGAGAUGGGAAGCUGCUUGCCACCAGUGCCUUGAGUGGAGUUGCUAAAUUGUGGAGCAUGCCUCAAGUAAAUAAGGUCACUGCCUUAAAGGGUCAUACAGAGCAUGCCACUGACAUUGCAUUUUCUCCUGUCCAUAGCCACAUAGCAACUGCUUCUGCUGAUCGGACUGCUAGGUUAUGGAACACUGAAGGUUAUGUUCUUAGGACAUUUGAGGGGCAUCUUGAUCGUCUUGCACGUCUUGCAUUCCAUCCAUCCGGGAAGUACUUAGGGACAGCUAGCUUUGACAAGACUUGGAGGUUGUGGGAUGUUGAAAUUGGUGUUGAGUUGCUUCUUCAAGAAGGUCAUAGCAGGAGUGUCUAUGGGAUAUGUUUCCACCGUGAUGGGUCUUUGGUGGCGUCAUGUGGGUUAGAUGCACUUGUUCGAGUGUGGGACCUCCGUACGGGAAGAAGUAUUCUUGCAUUGGAAGGACAUGUUAAGCCGGUACUAGGAAUCAGCUUUUCUCCCGAUGGAUAUCACUUAGCCUCUGGCAGUGAGGAUAAUACCUGCCGAAUCUGGGAUUUGAGAAAGAAGAAAUCCUUAUACAUAAUACCAGCUCACUCAAACCUUAUCUCACAAGUAAAAUUUGAGCCUCAAGAAGGAUAUUUUCUGGCAACUGCUUCAUAUGAUAUGACGGCCAAGGUGUGGUCAGCUCGAGACUUCAGACCUGUCAAGACAUUAUCUGGACAUGAAGGAAAAGUUACAUCAUUAGAUAUAGUGGGAGAAGGACAGUAUAUUGCAACAGUUGCACAUGAUCGGACUAUCAAGUUGUGGUCAAGCAGAAGUGCAAAGGAAAAUGAUAUGGCUGUCGAUUAAGGAAAUUACUGUCGACCUUUGUCGUGGUAUUGGUUGACCAUCCUAAUCCUGUAAUCCUGUCUGCCUUCUGCCUAGAAAGGAAAUGAAAAUACAAUCUUUCAGAAACUCUCGAGUUUGUGAUGAUCAAAAAAUUCUAUUUCGGC